AGUCAUGGACGUAGACACGGUCCACGGUCAAAUUCAGUACAUUACAAAAUGAUUCGGGCCUUAGUAUUGAAAAAUUUCAAGUUAAGAAAAUUCCAGUCGGGAUACGCGAAAGAAAAACUAAACAGCAGGUUUGACCACCUAGUUCCCAAAAAAUAUCUACCGCUCUGGCAGCAUCCAGCAGGUCCGCAAACUGUGUUCUUCUGGGCGCCCUUAUUUAAAUGGGGUCUGGUAAUUGCUGGACUAGCGGACCUGAAGAGGGAUCCCAGCACGAUAAGCAUCCAGCAAACGCUUGCGCUGACCUUUACCGGAGUGAUAUGGUCCCGUUACUCUUUGGUUAUCAUACCCAAGAAUUACCUCCUCUUUAGUGUAAAUUUGUUUAUAUGCCUCAUUCAGUUUUUCCAAUUGUACAGGAUUUUUAUGUGCUAUUUUGUAAUAAAUGAUUGA